AUGGACAAACACGAGGAGGACACGUGCACCUACACGUACAAAACGUGCGGCAACCGACGCACAAUCAAACGCGACGGGUCGUUCCAUCGCUUGUGCGAAUUCCACCGAAAAAAAGCCAACGCCCUCCAAAAGGCCUACGCUACCAAGCGGCGCAGGGAGUUCCAUUCGCUGCGGGAGCUCGUCAAGCAGUCCGUACAAGUGGGCCGCGACUGCAUAGACAACAACACGAACAACACUUUGUUCGAUUUGGAUGAGGUGGAGCCAUUUGCCCUGUCGUCCCAAGCUGCCGGGUUCUCGGACGAGGAGUUUGCAUAUUUGUGUCUGGAGUUGCAAUUAUUAUAA